UUUACUCUCCCUGUGAACUGCAGGAAAGCACCAGUGUGGAGAAGUUGCAUGAAGCGAGUGCUUCCAACUGAGGAUUUUCUUAUCAGACCAUGGAAGGCGUUGAGUGCAAGUGGUAGAAGAAAGAGAAGACAGAAACAAGGAGACAGUGAAGAGGAGGCCACAGGGAUUACUGGGCACUUUUUCCUGCAUGAGCUCGUGUCAUGGUGAGAUCCCACUUGAUCACCACUUGUUGACAGCAGCCUCUGUUUCGUGGAUUUCCCGGGGAUCACGGUCUGUUUUGCGAGCGGAGUGUGUGAAUGGAGCGUGCGGAGGCAGGAAGCAUGUGGAGUGGACGCCUGGGUCACCUGUGGAGGGGCGUCUGGCUGCUGUGGCUGUGGAAAGCUGUGUUGGUGGCUGGAACCGGGUCUAAACUAUGGGAGGUGCCCACGGCCGCCUUCACGUCCUCCUUCAACCUCAGCGAGAGUCUGCAGUGGGAGCCUCAGUGUCAGUAUCGCCACCUACAGGACAAAGUGAGAAUCACAGCAGACGUCCCCCCACGACUAGACGGCACCUGGGUGUCAACAAGAUGCGAGGUUCGGCCUGGGCCCGAGUUCCUCACGCGCUCCUACACCUUCCACCCCAACCGCUACUUCCAGGCGCUGCAGCACUACUACGCAGACAGCGGCUGCGAGCACCCGGCCUACUCCCUCGUGAUCAGGGGAAGGCUCCGCAUGCGCCAGGCCUCCUGGAUCACCCGCGGGGGCACCGAGGCCGAGCACCACCUCAGCAAGGUAGGCAUCGUGGUGCACGGCGCCGAGGCCAAGCAGACGCUGGCCUCCAGGCUGCCCCCGGCCUGCGUGGGGCUGACCUUCUCGCGGGUGCUGCCGGGGAAGCUGUUCGAGCUGCACAACAGCAGGAUGGGCAGAGGCUGCCUGGCAGCGCUGGGCUUCUCCAUGAUGGAGCUGGGUUUGCUGCGGAUGGAGACUCAGCACCACGGCCAUGGAGGGAAGGUCCAGGAGCUGUUCUUGGGGGACAUCCACACCGGCUGGGCACAGAGGACCCAGUACAGGCCUACAGGCUAUCAGCAGCCGCUUCAGAACGCUAUGCAUCACAUCCACCCCUGCCCUGUGUGCGCCCUGGUGUACCGCUCCUCGGAGCAGCGCCCCCCGCUGUUGACCCGCAGCCCCGCAGCCCCUCUGUCGCUCGCGGGCCGCUGGGUCAGCCAGCGGUGCGAGAGCCGCCCCGCGGUUCAGUUCCUCACCCGGGACUUCACCUUUGACCCGGAGCAGCACGCGUGGGAGGGCGCGUACCGACACUACUCGGACCCUGGCUGCUCUCAGCCCACAUUCACCCUCAGAGCCUCGGGCCACUAUGCUCAGGGAAACCCGUCGGCUAAAGUCUCGGGAGCCUUUGAGUUCGUCUUCAAGGUGACCCGGGUGAGAGUCACGGCCACGGAGGAGUCCACGGCCAAGCUGCUGAACAGGGCAAGGCCAGGAAAGUGUGGUCUGGGAGCCUGGGAGGUCGGCGUGGAGCAGGACUUGACGCCCACGGACGGGUGCACGGUGCUGGGCAUCAAGCUGCCACAUAAGGAGUACGAGCUCUUCAAGACUGAGCUGGACCACAGGAAGCACCCGCUGCUGUCCAUCGGGGAGCGGCCGACCGACGGCUCCAGCCCCGACCGGCCUCUGAAGAGACCCACGUCCUUUCAAGCUCCCAUGGUGCUUUGCAGCGGAGGGGAAACGCAGCCGCCGCAUCGCCACGGGUCCGGUUUUAACAGCAAGCGAGUCCAGUCGGCGGCCGGAGGGACGCACAGGCGGACGCAGCUGGUGCUGCUCGUGUUUGGACCGGUGCUCCGCAGCUUGUUCUGCGUCUCUUAGAGACGCUGUGCACAGAUCCAGUCUGUUCUGCAGCUGCAGUCACUGAUGGACAUUGUUUCCUGGCAGCUUACCUCCGCGCUCCAUGUGAUGAAGAGAAAUCACCAGAGACUCAGGAGAGUUCAUUCAUUCAUGCUUGGCUUUCGGAUGCUGCCUGUUGACUCACUUUAAUGAAUCCUAACUGUGUUUCUACCUACAACUAACCUGUAUAUAAACCACCCACAUAUACAUCAUCAUUUCAUAUGUAAAAUGUAUUCUUUAAACUAUGCUCUUUUUGUAUUGAUCAAGCUAGUGACUCAGUAUCGCAGAUAAAUCCCCUUUUCCAGAUGUACAACAUGGACGUUACAGCAGGAAACGCAGGAAACUAAAGCACUUUGUGAAGAUCAUUUUAAUUCAACAUACUGGAAAGAAAAUAAUAUGUCUCAUCAGUUCAACAACAGCUACCGCCUCCAUUAGUGCUGGGAAAUCCUUAUUUAUCUCACUACAUAUAAAACUCACAUGUACGUUUUUUCCACCUAAACAAAUCAGAAGAUAUUUAUUUUAACCCUUCACUGUCCUUUGUUAUACAGAAAGAAGUUGUUGGUCUAAUAUUUUGAGUUGCUCGGCCAUUUAAGAAAUUAUUAUUUUCUAUGUAAUAAAGUGGCUUUUUCUUAACACUGUGUUCAUCUAGUUAUUAGGACAAAAGUCUACAGACACACAGAC